AUGGAUGAUAUUAGUGACGUGGAUGUAAAGCACGAACGAUCCAAUCCAUAUCCUCCGUCGCUUCCACUACCACCACCACCACCACCACCAGGCGCUGUCCACCGCAUGCCGCCAGCCGAGACCCCUCCGUUACACAGCUAUCAUCAAUCUCAAGCCGCAGCGAUGCCACCACCAGCCCCAGCCUGGAAUCCGGCUCCGUCGCCAUAUACGAAUAGUGAGCCCUCUGAACAUCGACCACCCCCGCCAGAUCUUGGCCAUCAGCAACCGUAUCCGCCUCCAAGUCAAUCAUAUCCGCCUCCCCCUCCACCGCCGCCCCCUCCAGGAAGAGAGACUCCAAGCUACCCCCCGGACCCGGGAUACGGACGUCCAGGAAGUGUAUCUGGUCCCACGAGAUCUCCCGCUGAACUCAAUCGUCCUCCAUAUCACCCUGUGAGUGCUCCCCACGAACCUCCAUAUUAUCAACCUCCUCAGGACUACCGAGCACCCCAUCAUGCCUAUUCUGGCCCCGAGAACCAGCCCAACGGGACUCAUCAGCCGCUUCACGUGGUGACAGGCCAUGACAUGAUGCCCAGCCAGCCUCCCGGACCACCUGGACCUUACGGACCUCCUUCAGCAGGACCACCGGCGACCCCAGGGCCUUAUGUGCAGCCUCCUUAUUACGAUCCAAACUACCAGCAGAGAAGGAAGCCUGUGCGAGCUGCACAAGCAUGCGAUUCGUGUAGACAACGGAAAGCGAAAUGUGACGAAGGUCGACCAGAGUGUCAGCAUUGCAAGGACAACGGUCUGAAGUGUACCUACCGAGAGGUGCCCCCCCAGAAGUCAGAGAAACAGAUACUCAACAUAACCGAUAAGUUGGAGACGAUGAGCGGGAACAUCGAAAUGCUCAUCCAAAACCAGAAAGCUCAAGCCGAGCUUCAGCAGGCCCAAGCCGAGAAAAUCAAUCAAUUGCUGAAUACAUUGCAGCAGAAGCAACAGUCCGAGGUUGUCGCCGCGCCUACGCCAGAUGAGCAACUGGACGCUGGCUUGCGACAACAACAGCAGUCAACGGUUACCCACAACCCUCCUGAUCCAGCAUAUCCCUUCCGUAGAGGAGAGAGCUCGGACGCUCAGUCAACGAGACGACCGCAGGUGCAGCCGAAAACUUCCACCGUGCAAACAGGAGAAGGAGAGAGGGAGAACUUCGAACUUACCUUGCCGCUGAAACAUACUACAGCAGCCCAGAACCUUCUUAAUUGGCCUUCUAUCAAGAAGCUCAUUCCACCUCGAAUCACGGCGUCGUACGUUAUUGACGAAGAGACUGGUCGAGGCUUGUUGCGCCUUUAUGGAUCUGGGGAAGGGGAAGACAAGAAUGAUGGGCAUGAGGGUGCUCCAAGCCCAGCUGGUAGUACUUCUUCAGACGGUCGCCGGAUCGAUGAGGAAACGUCCUCUUCACCGCAUGGCGUCUGGGGAACCGGUCAGAUACACGCACCGACCCCGUCCUCGAUCCCCAAUAAUCCUCAUGCUGUGCGAGAUCAUCCAGGUGGUGUAAGCCCUCACGGGGGGCUCAUGCUCGAUUCCGAUGCUGUCGACCGGUAUUUCCGAAGCUACAUGGACCACAUGCACAUUCUCCAUCCAUUUCUAGAACCUAGAGUCAUCCGCCACAUGAUCCACACCUUCAAACGCAAAUACAGCUGGGAUGUCCGCAGUACACCACACACUGCUGCUACCAUUGGUACCAAGCGGAAGCGAGAGAUGACCGAAUCUCCUACUCCGAUGGAGGAGCAUACAUCAAAUCAUAUCAACAGCCGCCCGCAGGGUAGACCACUUUCCACCGGAGUGCCUCUCAUCGAACAUUCGGUUGCAAAUGCCAUUGUGCUACUGGUUAUAGCUUUAGGCAAGGUUUGUUCGUAUCGGGAGCCGCUCCCGGGGCCAGCAACGACCACUAGCAUGCGCACUUCUACUCCUCAUGGUGCUUUGUAUUCUGACUUGCCAAUGCCAAUGUCUGCACCGACAUCACCCUUUAACGCCCAAUCAAAUUUGAACGGGACCAACGUCAUGAGCAUAUCCAGCCCUGCAAAUCCUCAAGGCAAGAACAUGGAUGCCAUCCCUGGACUGGCGUAUUUCGCGAAGGCGGCGGAUAUCCUCGGUGAACUUCCAGGCGGCACUGAUGUAUCGUACAUUCAAGCCAACCUUUUGGCAGGUCUGUAUAUGGGCCAGCUCGCGCGCAUAAUCCCGAGCUACGAAUACAUCAUGAAGGCUUGUAUGGCAGCUCAGAUUCUGAUAGAAUCCAGGCCUUACAAAGAGCGAACAAUCAAACCCAAUCGACGAAACCUGAUCAACUUUGCAUUCUGGUCAUGCUUGCAGCUCGAGAGUGACAUUGCGGCGGAGAUGGAUCUUCCUCUUAGCGGUAUCACCCGCUUCGAAAGCUCACAGCACAAGGACAUGCCUACGAGCGUGACCCUAGAGCAUGGUCUUGAUGGGACGUCGAAUGCCGACGAUAUCGUGCGUUUCUACCUGUACCAGAUUCAGUUGCGGAUGACGAUGAAUAGUGUGCACUCCACGCUCUACCGACAGUCGAAAGAUCCUAGUACCAGGCCCAGCAUUACUAUUAUGGGCGUCUUGGACGAGAACCUGGAGAAUUGGCGAACAAUUCUCAGCAAUUGGCAAUGGAGCGACGACGACCACGAAAGCCCGGACAUCAACACGGCCCGAAUGAGGGGUAAGUAUUACGGAGGCAAAUACAUUGUUUGGCGACCAGCAGUACAUUACGCUCUUUUGAUCAGUGAAGGUUUGCUGAAAGACCACUCGGAUGAGUCUCCUGCGGGCUAUGGCAACUCAGAGCUCACGUCACCUUCCGCUUCAUAUACGAGCGUAGGCGACCAUCAGCCCCCCCGCCAACCUUCAGAAAUGCCUUAUAUCAGUCCGGAUCUCCUCCGUGCAGCAAAAAUGUGUAUUCAGGCCGCGAUCCGUAGUACGACGUGUUUUGACAAGGUGCCUCGUCGUCUGAUUGUCACCAACAUUUUUGGCACAGUCCAUGCACAAUUUGGUAAUAUGCUUGUGCUGUAUGCCACAUACACAGCAAGGCACCCCGGAUUGAACUCGUUGAUCGACGAAUACACGCUGAAGCGUCUACAUGAUCGUACAAUCCGGAUCCUGAGAGAGAAUGAAGCCAUAUCUCCAGUUUUGGCCAAGGAUCGCCAGAUACUGGAGCAUGUCCGGACGAAGGUGUUUGGGCCGCCAACAUCUUACCCUGGUGUCAGCACCUCGUCCAGCUUUUCCUCGAAUCGAUAG